CUCAUUUUAUCCAGCCUGUGCCUUCAGCUCUCCCCACUCCACAGAGAAGCCCUAUCUCUCUUUUCCCCCUUCUGCCUCUCUUUGGCUUUCUUUACACACGCACUCGCACACAUGCUCGCAGUUUCAGCUUGAGUAUACUACGCGUUCUCUCUACUCUGCCUGUCCCAGAAGUCGCUCGCUCAAACUUUUUGAUUGGCUGCUACAGUCUCUCUCUCUCUCUCUCUUUUCUUUUUCAACACACGGCGCAAAAUCACUUACACACGCGAGGCAAAGCAUACGCGCGGCGCUCUCCUCACUCGGACAACACACGCUUUUUUUCCAGUACAGCUGCCUGCCGCUCACACACAAAGGGAGGAUGAGAGUGUCCGCGAGGAGAAUGAAUGACUUGUGGGGAAGGAUGGGUCUCGCUCUGCUGUUUUCUGCUGCUUUGCUCCUGAACGGUGUGCUUUGUCAGGAUGAUGACCCUGCAGCAACUGAUGCGCCUGCAAGGGGGGAUGACGUUGUCACCGACGCGCCCGACAGUGACCCCCAGACUCCGAUUGAAAUCUCCCCACCUACAGACCUCCCAGCUGGUGACGCCGGUGACGCUGCUGACACGUCGGCCACGGCUGCCCCUGACUCUACUGGAGCCGUCGACCAACCAGCAGACACGGACGCAACAGCCGCGCCAGACGCCGCUCCCGAUGCCGGUGCUGACACCGGUGCUACCGCCGCUCCCGCAGGGGACGCAGACCAGGCCACCCAGGAGGCACCAGCAGCCACACCGGACAACCGCGAAUUUAUUGUCAACAGCCAAAUCAACAUGAUCUUCCCAGAUCUUAUCGUCACAGAUGCACCAGUUGUGGUGGAGGAGAAGACAGAAGACCCUGAGCCGAUAUCCGUCAAGUGUGUGAGCCAGCAUGCAGAUCCCAUCCUGAAGGUGGAGUUGGCAUCGGCGCCUGACUGCGAAACCGUCAAGGCAGCUGUGGAGGAGCAGAUCUGCAAAGACAAGACAAUCUGCAAAAUAUCCAUCGUCCAGGACGGAGAGGUGUUGACACUGGCUGGACUGACUGUUGAUGAGAACAAGAAUGAAGUCAUGCAGAGUCUCAGCGAGGGAGAACUGAAGGAAAAGCUGGGUGUACUGAAGACAGAGCCGGUGGCACAGCAGGGCUCCAACGUGCUGGUGGCCAUCUUGGUCACGGGUCUCCUGCUGGCGGCCGCUCUCAUCGGAGGAUACGUCUGGCUGAACCGUCGGCGCGGCAACGGCAAGGGCAUGAGACUGGCUGAAGACUCGUACCCCGUGGACGAGGAGAACCAGGGUAACACGCUGGUGUCCGUGGCCCCCCUCAACCCCCCCGAGCCCCAGGAGAAGCCUGCCAUCAAUGGCAGCGGCGGCGAGGCACCUGCUGACGGAGUGAAGACCCAGGCCCCCGCCGCAACCAACGGCCACUCCACAGCGAAGACGCCUGUGGCUGACACUGAACUGUGAGAGGGCCGCAAUGGAGCCACCCCUCACCAACAACGCGCCCAGAUAGCUACGGUCACGCUCCUCCCAGCAGGGCUGUGCCAGAUUGUUAUGGCAAAUUAGCUGUUAUCUGGGUUUCUGCUUCUCACAGAACCAUACACACACACACACACACACGCCUGCGCACACGCACGCACACACGCACGCACACACACACACACACACACACACACACACACACACACACACACACACACACACACACACACACACACACACACACACACACACACACACACACACACACACACACUCACUCACUCACUCUGAUAAAAAAAACAUAUCAUUCACAUAUCUUUUCCUUCCGUAAAAUUGGACUUUCAACAAGAUGAUCCUUCAGCUUUGUGACUUUGAUGACGGUUAUGAUGGUGAUGAUACUGAUGAAAUGGAUGCUGAUACUGAUAUUGAUGAUGAUGAUGAUGAUGAUGAUGAUGAUGAUGAUGAUGAUGAUGAUGAUUACUUUGAUUGCAAAUUGGCACUAUCAAUGUAAUACUGACGCCACGAGUGGUUGUCAAAAAAACAAAAACAAAAAUAUGAAUACUGCCUGCUAGCAAAUGCCACGUGGAUAGAAUUUGAAUGAAGAGUUGCUGCAUACCUACCGCCAAGGUUGGUUGUUAAGACACUAGCCAAAUUACAAUCAUAGAGUGUGAUGGUGGUGGUAGUGGUGGUGGCGGCGGCGGUGGUGAUGGCGAUUGUCACAGUGAUGAUCGCGGUGAUGAUGAGGAUGGUGGUGAUGUCGAGGUGUAAGUGACCUCGGGCCAGUGCGGGCCGGGGCGUCGCAUGACUCACGGCUUCUCUAAACCUCAUGGCAACCUCACCAUGGCAACCUCACGCUGCACCAUCCUAAAGCCCUGUGUGCCUUU